UCAAGUAGGAGUACCUUUUUUUCUCUUUCAAAGUUCAAUCAUAUAUUAUCCAGAUUCCAACUAAACUAAUUGAAAGGAAAUAUUCUGUUAGGUGAAAACUUUUUCUAGUUUUAAUAAAAUCUUAAAAACUUCCAAGUUCCAAUCAAAUGCUACUAACAGGUCCUACUAAUUUUGCCACCCCUAUUUUACGCUGUACCGAUUCCAUACUCUUCCGUAAUUUCUCGUCCAAAUCCAAAUUCAACCAUGGCGAUGAGCAAAGCUGAAUAUCUAGCCCAAGAAAUCAUCAUUGACAUACUCUCUCGGCUGCCUGCAAAGUCCAUAGGCCAGUUUAGAUGCGUGUCAAAACAGUGGCUCAAUUUUCUCUCAGACCCACAAUUCAUCAAAUUUCAUCAUAUCAUCCAUUCCCAUAAAGAAGAAUCGAAACUCAUUUUCGUCUCUAGUUCUGGGGCUCUUCACACUAUCACAUUUAACCAAAACCCCCAAAAUGGAACAACUAAUGCCAUUUCAAGAAAGCUUAAUUUUCCGCAGCUCUCACACAGCUGGGAAAAAGUGGUUGGCUCAUGUAAUGGCUUGGUCUUGGUGGAGAAUACGGAAAAUAUUAAAUAUUUAAUCAACCCCACAACCUUAGAGUACCAUAGAAUUCCAAACUUUCAUUUGGCUCUUACUGUGCCGGGUAGCUUUAGCAUGUGUGGUCUAGGGUACGAUUUUGCUAGUAAUGACUAUAAGGUGGUUACUCUUUCUCGAUAUAAACGGGAUUUAGACAAUAUUUUUGUUGAUGUCUACUCUGUUAGAAUGGAUCUAUGGAGGAGGCAUGGGAAGCUACCUGUUGAUCAUGGAGUUCCUAUUGGCGGUUCUGGGGUUUUAGUAAAUGGGGCUUUGCAUUGGUUGGCUAGGAAAUCUCCUGAUUAUUCCUCUGUAAUUGUUGCUUUUGAUUUAAAUGAUGAGACAUUCUUGGAGCUGCCAGUCCCUAAUGCACUCGAUGACAAUAAUUUUGUGCUUUGUGAUCUUGUGGCUUUUAGAGGGUGUCUUUGUAUGUUGUUGAAUGAUACAGAAGAAAACAAAAUUGAGUUUUGGAUGAUGAAAAGAUAUGGGGUUGAGGAGUCUUGGACCAAAUUUAGGAUUGCUGGACUGGAUUUAGUGCAUGGUUUGGUGCCAUUUUGUUCAAUUAGUGAUGAUGAUGUUGUAUUGAAUGUUGAUAGAGAGAAUUUGAUUGUUUACAACAUGAAAGAGGAUCAAUGGAGGGAUAUGAAGGUUGGUGGAAUAACUGCUAAGUUUGAAAGAACUAGAUCUUUCAUGGAGAGUCUUGUGUCUCCUAUGUUAGGCAAGGUUAUUGAGGGUUACGAUAUUGCUUGAUGCAAUAUUCUGAGAUGAUGCUGUACUCAGAAUUAACCAUGGUGCCCAACAUGCUGGACGCGAAAAGGCAGAGACUUGAAUAUCAGUACCAGCAUCCAGCUGAAAGCUCGAGCUCAAGCAUACCACAUCAUAACAAAACUGAAGUUCGAAGUCUGAUAACUCCUGAUCGAAUGACUGGGGUUUCAGGCAGUAAAAAUUAAGAAAGAACUCAGUUAUUUGGUAAUAGUGACUUUCUACAAAUCAAUCAAGAUCAUAAGAUGCACAAAGUUGAAAUGGACAAGUUUGUAUCUGGUUUGGCAGCACUAGCAUCAUCAAUUCAAGUUGAGGCAAUUCAUAUUUUUUGCAAACAAAGUUUCAAUCUUUCCUUCUAAUUACAAAACCAUGGAUAAGAAGUGCAAUGGGAAUGCUGUAAGAGGGUUGGUUGGCAUGGAACUUUAAAGGAAAAUUAUUGACAUAAUUUCUAAUGGUUUUGUUCAAUCAAAUUAUUGCCACGGAGUUCAAUUUUCUGCUCUUGAUUGUCUCCAAACUGCUAUUCAAGACAAGGAUGGACUAAGACAUCUAUUGCUUUGCAAAGUGGUAUUGGGAAUAUUGGAAAUCGUACAUCCUAGUUCGGGACAGUCUCAGCCAAGUCCUGAGGAUCUUGUUUCUGGUUUUGACAUGUUAUUAUCUUCAAGAAAGUACAUAGUUUGGAGUAGUCACUUGAAUACUCAUAUCGUAACUCAUAGUCAGUUUCAGAGUUCCUCUUCAUUCAAAAAGGGUUGAUGACUAUCCAACACCUUCAAAGAAUGUAAAUUUGUCCAAGGAUUUCCUUUGAUGCUGUGAUUACUAGAUUAUUAAGAAUCUUGUCUUCUCGUGUUAUCAAAUUGAUAACAAAAUAUCAAAAUGAUCAAGAAACAAUGGGCAAUUGGACCAGUUCUGCCUACUAAACUUGAUCAUGUCUCAAGUAGGAAGAAUAUAUGUUUGGAGUGGCUUAACAAACAACCUCCAAGAUCUGUUCUUUAUAUAUCUUUUGGAACAACAACUUCAUUUUCUGAUAGGGAAGUCAAGGAGCUUGCGAUGGGAUUAGAACAGAGCAAACAGAGACAUAUGGGUGCUGAGAGAUGCCGAUAGAGGAGAUAUCUUUACUGAGGAAGCUAGAAAAGUUGAGUUGUCAGAAGGGUUUGAGGAAAGGGUAAGAGAAGUAGCUUAGUGGUCAGAGAAUGGGCACCACAACUAGAAAUCUUGACUCAUUCGUCGACUGGGGGGUUCAUGAGUCAUUGUGGUUGGAAUUCUUGUGUAGAGAGUAUUACUAUGGGAGUGCCAAUAGCUGUUUGGCCUAUGCACUCUGACCAACCAAAAAAUGGUUUUUUGGUGACGGAAAUACUGAAAAUAGGCCUACUUUUUUUAGGGAGUGGGAGAAACGCAAGGAGUUGGUGAGUGCAUCCGCCAUUUAGAAUGUUGUUAGGAAGUUAAUGGCAUCAGAAGAAGGCGACGAACUUAGAAAAAAAAAGCUGAAGAAUUAGGAGAAGCCGUAAGGCAGUCCACAGAGAAAGGGGGAGCUUCUCGAAUUCAGUUGGAUUCUUUCAUCGUGCAUAUCACAAGAUAGACUUGUUUUUUCCCGCUAAUUCUCAAAGCCAAGGGGUCUAGCUCUAUCUUGUUUGGUUACUUUACAAUUCUCUUAAAACCUGUCAUUUGUCUGUUUCUUGGCUCAGAAUAGUUUAUACUACCUUAAAUUUCUGUGAUUUUGGCAUGUUGAAUAUCUUGGAUAAGACUAGUUUAUGAUCAUGUAUUUCUCUUAGAAAGGGCAUAGCUCAACAGCUAAUCUGGCUCUAACUGUGCAGACUAUAGGGUUGAUGU